CCGCAAAAUUGACUCUGAAAACCUAAGCUUCAUUUCCAGUCUCUUCAAAGAAUCAUAGUUGAAAAAAUACAUAUCAACAUCCGGAUUUUUGGUCGGGAGGGUUUUUCUUUGUUUCGCUUAUUCUUAUGAUCCUGCGGUCCAAGAGAAUCGAACUUCGUGCAGGAUUUCUUUGCCGGAACUUGGAAUCUGAGUUUUUAUACGCUUUUUGAUAAGCUGUUUCCAACGGUGCAGUCCAACUCAACCGGAGAAGAUGCUUCCUCUUUCUCUUUUGAAGACGGCGCUGGGGCAUCCUAUGCUAGUCGAAUUGAAGAACGGGGAAACUUAUAACGGGCAUCUGGUGAAUUGUGAUACUUGGAUGAACAUUCACCUCAGGGAGGUCAUUUGCACCUCAAAGGAUGGAGACAGGUUUUGGAGGAUGCCUGAGUGUUACAUACGUGGGAACACAAUCAAGUACCUUAGGGUUCCUGACGAGGUUAUUGACAAGGUUCAAGAAGAAACUAACAAAAGCCGCUCUGACAGAAAACCCCCUGGGGUAGGCCGGGGAAGAGGAAGAGGUAGAGAGGAUGGCAGCAAUACACAAUCUAAAGGAAUUGGAAGAGGUUCUAAUGACAACAAAGUUUCGGGUGGUGGCCGUGGCAGGGGCGGACAUGGUGGUAGAGGAGGUGGUAGAGGUGGAGGGCGUGGGCGUGGCGCAUGAAACGUCCCACAAAGAGAGAAUGGUUAUAUUUAUUUGAACAAGUCUCUUUUUUAUCUCUGCAGCGUAAUUUGUUCAAUGUGAAGUUCUUAUGUUUUAUGAAUGUUAGGGUGUUGUAACUCUUGCCUUCUAUGAUCUCGAAAAAAUACAGAAAGUUGGCAUAUUUUAAUCGAUAUCGAAGGAUGUAUGGAAGAAAUGGAUGGUGCUUUCUCGUGUUCUUCUCGAUGUUUGUUGCUACAACUAAAUGCUCUGCUGCAACUACGGUUUCAGCGCUCAGAUGCUUGACCUUUGCUUGAACAAGGUCAGGCUUUUUUUUUUUAUUCGAAAACUCCAGUCAAACUAUAUAACGAAGUUUAUUUUUCUUUUAAUUUGUAUCCUGGUGACAAUAAUUUUUCAUGAUUAUAUAACUAUUUUUUAUU